AAUAAGCAUAAGAAUGAUACAUCAGCCGUGGAGUACAGAAAUGGAAAAGAUAUGCAAGGGAUACCAUGGGAGAGGUUAAAAUACAGUAGAGAUCAGUAUCGCAAGAUGAGGCUGAAGCAUUACAAGAAUUAUGAGAACCUCGCUAGGUCACACCAGGGGUUUGAUAUGGAGUGCAAACAAGUGGAGACAAAUGACAGGUUCUAUGAUUUCUGCUUCAACACACGACUUGUCAAGCCAACGAUAGUGCAUUUUCAGGUACAUUUAUCUUCCACUUUUCUAAGAUAUUGAUUUUUGCAUUGAUAUAAGAAUCUUAACAUCAAAGGUGUUAAACAACAUGUUCAAUUAUUUAAAGAAUUCCAGAGUUUGUGACUGUUACUCACUAUAGUUAGCUCAAUUUUCAACAUUUUUAAAGGAAAAAUAUGUGCACUCAAACCACGUGGAAUGUUUUACUUUCCGAAAAAAAACUGAGCACAAGCUGUUAAUAUGGUUGCCCACAGUUACUACAUCAUAAUGCAUUGCAUUUUUACUCCUCAUAUGUAGUAGAAGAACUUUCAGUAUUCACCUCAUUGUUUACCUUUACUAGUGCAAAGAUUUAACUGUUCCCUCUCUGUCCUCUCUACUCUUAUGUCUUCUGCUCCAAAAAGAAAAACAAGUAUGAGGAAAGCUUAUGCCAAAAGCAUAUAAAUAAUAACUGGUGAAUGCCUGAUAUAUUCACAUUAUAUUAGCGUUUUGCAUUUUAUGUUCUUACUCUGUUUUGUAGAUGUUGUGAGAUUCUUGAAGCUUUGACCGGUUUUGAUUUCGUUAGGUGAAGCUUCUAAACUUCAUUCGUGUCUAUUCCUUUGGUAUAGACUGCAACUAUAGCGUAACAGUGAGUGCAGGUCAUGUUAUAAGUUGUGUCUGAUCUGGUAACUGAAGCUGUAGUUUCAUUUCUGCAAUUAGCGGUCUUGUAUAUUAGGAUAGAACUGCAAUACAAUGGACUCAACAAGGUUCUUAAGCAGGUGGUUGAGCAUCCUCAGUGGCCGGCGCUGUCAUAUGGCAUCUUUGGAAUAUGAUAUGAUAGGUUAUUAUAGCAAGGUUCGGUUAGAUUAUUCAUAUUCCUAUUUCUUUUUGGCAGGUUGAACCUUAGAGAGAUGCUAACAAAAUUUUAUGCAGGACUUCUUAUGGUAUUAACUUUGACCUACUAAAAGUCCUUGAACACUACAUCUUUUGCAUUAUUAGCCGAGUAAAUUGUGUGUGCAUGUCUUGCAUUCUCGGAAUACAUUCUUCCGUCAAUUAUUGUACUAUUUGACAUUUUGAUGUCAUUAUAUUUCCAUGAGCUCGUUAUCAUGGUUAUGGGUUCCGGUUCCUGAAAGACGUUAUCUGCUUAUCCUCUUUUAAAUUGCUAUAACUAGUGUGUGGCCGCACCUACACUGAUGUUCAAAAAGUCUGCAUUAGCCCUUGAACUUCUAUAAGGAGUUGAAAAUUGGGUCACUAACUCACCAUAAACUGUUGCAUUGGAUUAUCUUCAGUUAGUUUCAAGUAAGAAACCAAAUGCUUCUUCAGGUGUAUUUUACUAACGAUGGUUGGUGUUUUAGACAUAUGUAUUCCUUUAGAGCAUAUCCAGUGUUUGGAGGCAACCUUGCCUCUAAACUACCCAUGGAUCUGCCUCUUAACCAUAGAUGAAAACUCUGCAGUGUGCAGCCUCUAGCUUUAGAGACAAAGCCGGGCCCACAAUUAAAUAAAAUAUGAUGCAUUUGUUAAUCAACUCAUCGGUCCCUCCAGCACCUAACUGGCUGACAGUGGGGACAUCAGAAUAUUUUAUUCAGCACAAAGCAUUGGAGGCCAGUGCUUAGCAUAGAGGCGUCUCCAAGAAUUUUUGGCUUAGAGGCCGACGAUAGUGUAUAGAGGCAGUGUUCAUAGGCCUAGAGGCAGCCUUAGAGGCGCCAAAUACUCACAUUGUGGAUGCCCUGCUGCAUCUUGAAAUACUCCUAGGUCCUAAUCCUAACCAUAAUGGUAAAGAGUUACAGUCUGUAAUGGAGUUGGUCAAAUGGGAGUGAUGCCUAGAAAUGUGCAUGAGUGUGUAGGGAGCUAUUGGUCCUUUGGUUUGUGCAGUUUCAGACACACAUCAGGUUGCCAAUCAGUUUUCCAUCAAAUUCUUAUGGAUACGGUAAUGUGCUCUCAUCUGCUGUUUUGCCAGGCCUUUUUUGUUCUCUUUCUUAAUACAGUUGUUUGUAAGAUAAUUUCAGUAAUGUUGUAAAGACCAUGGAGAACAUUAUGUUACUAUCACUAAGCAUAUCGUCAAGAUCAAAUUCUAAGGAAUCUUGUGUGGGCCACAUCCAAGCAUGAUGUUUACAUGGCACAGAACAAUUCAGUAAUGCACUGGUCUUCUCUUCUUCAAAGAGGGACAGAAGUGCUCCACGUUGCAGGCCAAGUUGUUCCAAAGCAGAAGGCGCAUGGAGCUCGGACAUUGUCCAGAGUCCAAAUCAGCUCAAUGGCCCUAAAAGACAAUCUCAUGGUAGCGGGCGGUUUCCGCGGCGAACUGAUUUUCAAGUAUGUUGACAAGCCCGGGGUGGCAUUCUGUACGAAUGUUGCUGAUAAUAAAAACUCCGUCACUAAUGCUGUAGAUGUGUAUGAGUCUCCUAGCGGCGCUACUAGAGUGACGGCGGCCAACAAUGACUGCACUGUCAAAUUUCUUGAUGCUGAGAGGUGCAGCCUGCUUAGCCGCUUUACUUACCCGUGGUCGGUCAAUAACACAUCGGUGAGUCCUGAUGGGAAGCUCCUUGCUAUCCUCGGCGACAGCUCCGACUGCGUGAUCGCCGACGCUCAAUCGGGCGAAGAGAUAGCGACUCUCAAAGGGCACCUGGACUACUCGUUCUCAUCGGCCUGGCACCCCGGCGGCCACGUCCUGGCGACGGGGAACCAGGACAAGACGUGCCGGCUGUGGGACACGCGCAACCUGUCUGCGUCGUUCGCGGUGCUGGGAGGGAGGAUCGGCGCGGUUCGGGGCCUCCGGUUCUCGUCGGAAGGGCGGUUCCUGGCGGCGGCGGAGGCGGCGGACUUCGUCCACGUGUACGACGUGCAGGCCGGCUACGGCGCCGCCCAGGAGAUCGGGCUGUUCGGGGAGAUCGCGGGCGUGGCGUUCAGCCCGGACGCGGACGCGCUGUUCGUCGUGGUCGCGGACCGGGCCUACGGCAGCCUGCUCGAGUUCAGCAGGCGGGGCCGGCACGCUUACCUGGACUCGUACCUGUGACUGUGUGGAACAGUCAUGUCGACCGUGUCGCUGCCGCUCGUCGAGUAGAUGCCUAGAUGUGUGUAUAGUGCUCCAUAUGUCAAGUGGUUUCAGUUCUGUAUAUGCGGAGUGGUACAAGUUAAAAGAUGCUACGGUGCAACUGGGUACAGAUGGUACAUGAUUUGGACUGACCCUGAUUCAGAAGUCAGCAGGUCCUACAGAAUUUGGUUCGCGUGAGAAGAGUUUAGUCUUUUGA